CCGCCUCCGAGCGCGCCCGGGACCGGGCGCGCGCGCCAUGCGCUCCCCCUCUCCGACCGGAUUCUCCCGCGAAGGCUCUCCACGCCGCCGACGCCCUCGGCCCGCGGACGCCCGGUGCAUCUCCGGCGAGGCCGGCGCGCGCCGGUGCCCCCGUUGCUGAGGAUGCUCUGUGCGCGGGGUGGGGAGGUCUUGCUCGCGUGAAGGAACAUGAUGAUGCCGCCGCCGCCGCGUGCUCUGAUCCCGAGGCUUCUCUCUCUUCUCAACUUGCUUUUGCUCUGCUCAGGGCUCCCUUCAUCACAUAUAUACUUGUUUCCCUCUCUUCAGCCGAGUCAGCCAUUUUUAGCUAGACGGUCGGCAGAAAGUGCCAGAAUACUCCUGACAAGCGUGUCACCUGCUCUGUCAAAAUAUUCCCUGAAGCAGUUUGGUAGGCUUCCUUUGGGACCAUCCCUAUCACCAGCACCCUCUCCCGGUUAUUCUGCUCCUACUCCCAGUCCUAACAGUCCCUUGGCAAGACGCCGUGGCCAUCAUCACCAUCGUGCCAGACCUCAUGUGGCUGCUCCGUCCCCUUCGAAAGGACCAGGUUGUGAUCAAAAUUGCACGGGGCCACUUACAGCAACUCCCUUUGGUUCACCUUGUGGUUGUGUGUUUCCAAUGAAAGUCAGGCUUCUCCUAGAUGUAGCUCCUUAUGCUGUCUUUCCAGUGAUGAAUGAGCUAGAGAUUGAGAUCGCAGCUGGCACAUAUUUGGAACAGAGUCAAGUGCAGAUAAUGGGUGCAAGUGCUGAUAGUCAAAAUCAAGGGAGGACCACAGUCGAUAUAAACUUGGUUCCACUGGGAGAGAAGUUUGAUAAUACCACUGCAAUAUUGAUAUACGACAGGUUUUGGCAUAACAAAGUGCCUCUAAACGCUUCACUUUUUGGUAAUUACCAAGUGAUGGACAUUAAUUAUACAGGCAUACCUUCAUCACCUCCAUUUGGGGGUUUCACCAGCAAAGGACCCACUGGAGCUUCUGGAGAAUUCCCUAUUACUGCAAAUUUUCCCAACAAGAACCAGAGGAUGAACGUUAGAACCAUUGCGAUAAUAUCUCUGUCUGCCUUUGUGCUUCUAUUGGUUCUGAUUGGAGGAUUUUCCAUAUUUUUAAAAUGGAAGAAGUUUGGAAGACCAUCAAGUGCUGUCGGUCCAGCAUUCACCUCCUCCAUAAACAAACGAUCUGGUAUUGGUUCUAUCUUAUCCAGUAGCAUCGCAAGUUCAGAAUCUGGAUCGCUAAUGUCCACCAUGGCUCCUUGUAUGCUCUCUGUUAAAACAUUCGGCCUAGCUGAGCUUGAUAAAGCAACGGAUAAAUUCAGCUCCAAGAGGGUUUUGGGUGAAGGGGGAUUUGGGCGUGUUUACAAAGGGACCAUGGAAGAUGGAACUGAAACUGCAGUUAAGCUGCUUACAAGAGAUCAGCAGAAUGGUGACCGUGAAUUUAUUGCUGAAGUAGAGAUGCUAAGCAGAUUGCACCACCGCAAUCUUGUGAAGUUGCUUGGCAUAUGUAUUGAAGGACGCACACGCUGCCUAGUAUAUGAGCUUGUUCACAAUGGCAGUGUUGAAUCCCAUUUGCAUGGUGCUGAUAAGAAGAAGGGACCUCUUGAUUGGGAAGCUCGGAUGAAAAUUGCCCUUGGAGCAGCUAGGGGAUUGGCCUAUCUUCAUGAAGAUUCUAAUCCACGUGUGAUACACCGAGAUUUUAAGGCUAGUAACGUUUUGCUGGAGGAUGACUUCACUCCCAAGGUUUCUGAUUUUGGGUUGGCAAGGGAAGCAACCGAGGGGAGUCAGCAUAUAUCUACUCGUGUCAUGGGAACUUUUGGAUAUGUUGCCCCAGAGUAUGCAAUGACUGGCCAUCUACUUGUCAAGAGCGAUGUUUACAGCUAUGGCGUUGUAUUGCUUGAACUUAUAACUGGUCGGAAGCCUGUGGAUAUGUCCCAACCUCAGGGACAGGAAAAUCUUGUAACGUGGGCACGACCUUUACUAACUAGUAGAGAGGGCUUGGAGCAAUUGGUGGACCCCGCCUUGGCCGGAAGCUACAAUUUCGAUGACAUGGCUAAGGUGGCCUCUAUCGCCUCCAUGUGUGUACACCCUGAGGUGACACAGAGACCAUUCAUGGGUGAGGUCGUGCAAGCUCUGAAGCUUAUUUACAACGAUGCUGAUGAGAUGUGUGGGGAUUAUUGCAGUCAAAAGGACUCUUCAGUUCCGGACUCCGACUUCAAGGGGGAUUUGGCACCUUCAGAUAGCAGUUGGUGGAAUGCUGGUGGCGCCACCCCUCGUCUGACUUACGGGCAUGCCACAUCUUUCAUCACGAUGGAGUACAGUUCAGGCCCACUUGAAGAUGUGGAGAACAGACCAUUUUCAGCUUCGAGUUUCGUUGGGGACCAUGUCUCUCUCCCAGUUCAGCAUGGGAACAGAUCAGGUCCUUUGAGGACUGCGAGGAGCAAACCGGCCUUCUACAGAUUGAGAGGAGGGAGUGUGAGCGAGCAUGGCGGUCUUCUGCCGCGGCAUUACUGGCAUGAUGGAUAUGAGGUAUGAGGUCUUUUCAUUCAAGGGGCAAGUGUACAGUUCCAAUCGGCCAGGGUUUCUUUGGGGGUGGUCAUUGGUGUAGGUUUCAAAAAAUUUGGGUUACCUGAAGUUUGGGAAGAGUGAAAAAAAUCAUCUGCAAAUGCUGAUUCUGAACACUUUGAUUCAUCACACCACAUGGUUGGAGGUUUCUACUCAGAUACUCUCUCUCCAUUGUAUAUGUAGAUGUAUUAGUUUAAUUCAAUUUUGCAUUGAAUUGCAAGUUCUCAUCAA